AUGCUAGUAAACAGCUUACCUUUCGAAAUUCUCUCCAAUAUCGCCGAUUUCCUACAAACCCCAGACAUACUUACAGGUUCGGUUGUCUGCCGGGCCUGGAAGAGACCAUUUGAAGAAUCUCUCUGGCGACACAUCACAAUCACCUCUGACCAUCAACUGGACAUCUUUUGCGACAAACUCUACAACCAGCAAUUAUCCGGUAACAAGUUCGAUCACCAUGUGCGGCAACUUGACCUGAGCUAUCAUCGUCCAAACUACCCAGAAAGCUUUAAUUUAAUAGAGCAGAGUUUCCCCUUGCUCGAUCACCUCUGUAUUAGCGACAAUGCCUGGUUCACCACAGACCCUCCGCCCUAUGUCAAUUGGAGCCACUGGAAGACCCUCACUCGUCUAGACUGGUGGAUAUUCGAUAGUGCAGUACUUGCUCCAGAAUCCUAUUUUGCUCUCUCCUUCCUUCCAAAUCUGACCUCGCUCAAGCUGUCCUACGACUGUGAGGACGAAGGAGCCUUCACCCUCGAUGGCUUUGAGAUGCUACUCCAAAACACCCCUCGUCUCAAAACUCUCUCCGUCGACAGUCUAAUCGGCAACAUGCCCGAAACAGACCUUGCGCGUAUCAAAACUCUACCUCCCAGCACCACCCUAACAGCCCUGUUCAUCGAAUCCUACUCCUGGGAUCUCGGAUGGCUCUGUUAUUGGGCCCACAAGUGUCCCAAUCUCCAAUCUCUGGAGUGGAAUAGCUCCGUAACCGGAACCACACCGCACCAUAUGGACGAAGCUUCGGAAGUCCUCAAGACAAUGCAAAACGCAUUCAAGAAUCUCAAAAGAUUUGAUAUGGAAGCUCUAAAGGAUUCUCACGCAGACCAUUUUUUUGAACUCCUUCACCAGUGCGACACAUCUCUGAAGCAUCUCGAACUUAGGCUCAAGAGCGACGAGCAGUACGUUCCAUUGAAAAUGUUUGAGGAAGCACCGUUUUGCUUCUUUGAAUCUCUGGAAACGAUCUUUCUGGAUCUCGCUGGCGAGACUUCGGACCUCUUUCUUUUACCGUAUGCCUUCCGCACAUGUUGUCGGCUAGCAAACCUGAAGAUCAUCGCACCGGACCUAAUUAUCGAGCUCGACGUUCUUUUAGACCAUUGUCAAGCCCUCAAGACCCUCGAACUCAAUGUUUGUGAAGUUGCGACAAGUGAUGACACCCCUUUGUACCCAUCAGCCCAUGCUCUUCGCGUGAUCGAGCUCGAAAAGGCAACUCUUCCCAGUUCUCUCUUUUAUUACAUUUCACAACGGUGUCCUCAACUCAGCCGCUUGCAUAUACUUGACUCUGACGUCGUGUGUUCCCUAUCAUGUACUGCAGGAAAUAUGAGCAUCUUCAUGCCAUACACACACCUGGAUACAUUAAUGGUUACCUCGGUAGAGUUUCACGUCAUCACCAACUCAAAUAAUAUGGAGUCUGUCGUACUAAAUUAUCUGCACCUGGUUCAAAUCGACAGUCCAUCAGAACAAACCACGUUUUCAUUUAGACCAAUCCGUCCAACAUCUCACCACAGCACCGAUCUGGAAAUACAUCCCCCACAAUGGUAUUGUCAGUACGCCAAGGACGGCACACCAGACACAGUUUCUUUUCAGGCCUUGGACAUAGACCAGACACGCCAAUUCGAGCUUUAUUUGAAAUCAAAGCAGUGUACCGAAGAUUUGGUAGAGAGGCGAAUUAAAGAGCAAAAUUGCCCGGGGCAUCCGUUGGACGCAAAUGAUUGGAUGGAAGACCUACUUCCGGAAAAUGUAGCACUACAAAUCGGUGGGGUGAGGUUCAGCUAUCGACAAUCAGAUUGUGGCCGAGUGUUUCGUACCUCAACCUACGCCACAUUCCAAACUUAUUUACGACCAUCAAGUAGAGCAACCGUCAAGGUUUUGAGUACCCAUAAAUAUAGUGCCUAUGCCCAAAUUUCUCACAAAUGCUUGGAUGCUCAUUUUUUAUUUUUUGAAGAUUUGUCACAGCCAAUCAUUUUCCGAAUUAAACCACCGCUACAUCCACCAGUCAAGCAUCCAAAGCUGGUGAAACCCCCUAUUAUUAGAGCAUCUUUAGCAGUCGACUUUAUAUCUAACUUUAUAUCAAAUUUAAAACUCUAG